AUGGCUUUUUCCGCUUCCCUGGCCGAACGCCAAUCAGAAGCCAGCUGCCCUCUCUGUCUAGAUUACCUGAGAGACCCAGUGACUCUAGCCUGUGGUCACAACUUCUGUGUCUCCUGCAUUCAACAACGCUGGGUUGACCUACAGGACAUCUUCCCCUGUCCUGUCUGCCUCCACCACUGCCCUGACAGGAACUUGAAGAGAAACAACCAAUUGUGUCACAUCACUGACAUCGUUAAUCAGCUCCCCAUCAGAGUGAAUAAAAGGAAUCAGCAGGAACUGAAACUAUGUGAGAAGCACCAGGAAGUCGUGGACAUGUUCUGUAAGGAAGACUCUGAGCUAUUGUGUCCCCAGUGCAGGACCACCCCUGACCACCAGGAUCACUACCUCAUCCCUUCUGAGAGAGCUGCAGCGAGUCAAAGAAAGAAGCUCAGAAGCUCCAUGGAGCUUCUGAAGAGGAAGAUUGAAACCACUGAAACGGAUUGUAAGAAACAAAUUUCAAAAUUUCUUGAAGAGAGUCGGAAGGUGGAAAACCAGAAGACAGAAUUAGGUUCUGAAUUUAAAAAAUUAAUUUUUUUUGAGAAGGGAACAUUUUGCAAGUGA